AUGUCUACGGUGGGUGCUUUUUUGAGUUCCUGAUAUGUGUCAAUUCUUCAGCACUUUGACCCCUCGUUCGUUAAAUUAAAAUUAAACAUGUCUUACAGGUUCUACUGUCACUUUUACCGACUGUUCACUCAUUGCGUCGACCGCUUCAACGUGCACUGACGACUAUCCGGGAAUAGUAAUAACACACAGGGUAGCUGUAGAACCCAAAAUCCUCAUCCUAUUCUGAUUCAGUUUAUUGAAUAAAGCUUGCUUUCAAUAUUUUGUGGGCCACCACUAGGGGUUAAUUUUAUUAUAUUUACAGCUUUUUGGGUGUUCUUUAAUUUGUGUUGCGUUUCUCCCGCGUGUUCCGUCUACGUGUUUAGCGAUUUUUCAACAACAGACUAAUACCUAUGUCUGUGCACUAUUAACGGUGUCCAGAGCCUUCGGUAGUUACAUCCCCUGUUCCACCGUAUCCCUCUUCUGUAGGUAUUAUUGAUAACUGAGAAAUGAGAAGGCCAACCGAGCAUCUGAUCAAUUGGUUUAUUAUUUUGAGAUUUCGAAAUCCCGUAGGGGCCCAUUGACAGAAAUGACAACUGCAAAAUACAGCCAACAGUUAAAGAAAUAUUAGCCGAUCGUCAGUCAGUUACGAAGAGCUGGAAGUGACUGCAGAGUUCUGUAUUUCGGCACUAGGUCAAUUCAUUGAUUGCCCAAGUCCUCAUCCGGAUCCCAAGUUUCAGUCGAUUCUCAGCUUGUCUUGUACGCGAUGUGGACGAUUAUCUUGGUGACUGCGGUCAUAGCUAGCUUCAAAGGCGUGGGCAGCCACUUGCGAUAACUUGGCGCCCCGUCACAGAGCCAGCUGAUGUUCGUGUGUGCGCGAUCCCAGCGUUCUUCCGGUCUGGUCUGUGUAAUUACAAGGAAAAUUUGGGUACGGGACGCGAUACACUACCCAAGACUGUUUCUUGUCACCUAAUCGCUCCUUCAUUUGCAUCAGCAUGCUACACAUGGUAGCUUUGGAAUGGUGUGCAGUUCCGGCAUAUAGUCCUGCUGUAAUGCGCUAGGUCGCUUCUAAGACAUCCUUGCUGCACGACAGAGCAGUAGUUGCCUUUCCUUCGUGUGCCCGUCAGGCGAUGUCCUAACAUCGAAACUGAGACGAGCGUCGACAGCAAAGCAACGAACACCCGCAACGUCCCAGUUUUCACAACACCUCUUCGGUGACUCACAUACGAAGAUGUCAGUGCUCUGAUGUACAUCAAGAACGUUCUAAGAGUGACGGAGCACACUGCUGUGCAAGGUGUUGGAGUCGCACGACAACCCAAAGCUACCAUGUGUAGCAUGGUCACAAAAGUCAAGGACCGAUUAGGUCCUAAGAAACAGUCUGGAGUAGUGCAUUUCACCCCGUGCCAAAAUCAUCCCUGUAACUACACAGAUCAGACUGGGCCGCACGCUGGGAUCGCACGUACACAAACAUCAGCUGGCGAAGAAUCGAUUGGAACUUGGACCCCGGAUGUGGACUCAGGCAAUCAGUGAAUCGAUCUAGUGCUGCAAUACAGAACGCUGCACAGUCACUUCCAGACCUUUGUCACUAACUGCUGAUCGGCUAAUACCCCCUAUAACCACUGGCUUUAUGUUGCUGUUGUCAUUUCUGACAAUGGACUUCUACAUGACUUCAAAAACUCAGAAUAAUAAACAAGUUGUUCCUAUUUCAAGUGAGCACGGACCCGGAAGUCUAAUAUUCACAUCCGUAGGAUCAAUUUGAUUGACAAUAAUCCUGUGGCGGAUAAUGGCGCUAGAUGGUGUACCGGCCAAAAUCAUCGCCAUGAUCAAAGCCUACUAUCGUUCCACUACUCCGAGAGUCCUGGUCCGUAACAAUUUUUCCCAACCGUUCGGUAUUCGGUCUGGCGUCCGACAGGGUUGUAUCCUGUCACCCAUACUGUUCAACUACGCUAUUGACUGGAUCCUCGGGAGGGCCCUACGCGACAGUGUCGGUGUUGAAUUUGCACCCGGACAUCGACUGACUGAUCUCGACUAUGUCGAUGAUGUCGCCUUACUUGCUUCAAGUUUUGGUGAUCUGCAGUCUAUGGUGUCACGAGUGAACGAGGUCGCUAAAUCAGUCGGUUUGUCCAUGAACGCUGGGAAGACCAAAGUAUUCUCAAGUUGCAUCCCUGACCAGGAGAAGGCACCCCUGGGGAUCGAUGGCUGUCAACUUGAAGAAGUGGACAGAUUUAAAUACCUCGGGGCGCGGCUGCUGUCUAAUGGACAGAACAAGGACGACAUUGUCUCCCGAAUCGAUGCUGCCCGCUGGGUUUUUUCAAGCCUUCGGAAAUGUCUGUGGAACCGACGUGACCUCUCCAUCGCCACUAAGAUUCGCGUGUACCGUGCAUCUGUCCGGUCUGUCCUUCUCUACGGUUGCGAAUGCUGGGCUUUGCGCGUGGCGGAUGAGCGAAAACUGGAGGUAUUUGACCACCACUGCUUGAGGAUCAUCCUUCGAGUGAAGUUAACCGACUUCGUCUCAAAUGAGAUAGUCCGCGCUCGCUGCGACAACAUCGCGAGGAUAACUCAGGCCAUCCAAGAAAGACGACUGAGGUGGUUCGGGCAUGUUCUUCGUCGUCCACCUCAGGAGCUCAGUGUUACUGCCCUCGAUCCGGCACCGUUGCCCCAUUGGAGGCGUCGAAGAGGGGGUCAGUUCAAAACCUGUCUCGACACAGUUCGUCAAGACAUGGAGGUGGUUCUUGGACCUUCGGUAUUUGGUCUCCGUCGUUGGCGAAGGGAAUGGGUUGAGCUGUCUAGAUCUGCUGCCGCGGAUCAUCACGCGUGGAGAGGUACAAUUCGGGACAUCAUCGAGGCCGGCUAGAUUAGGCAUGAUCGCAGCCGUAUCAAGUACAAGUAAGUACAAUAAUAUAAACGGAUAGCGCUGUGGGCAGAUUUUUGUCAAGUGAAUGUUGAUAAUUAUAUGGAAAGCAGUAUAGUAAGAGUGAUAGGAUUGCAAAGGACGUAUAUAAUGGGUCAGUCUUCGCGAUCUCUUGAAGUCAUGCGUUUGCCGAGGCGAAGGAAGCUUAGGACUUCAGACAGCUGCGGAGAGGAUAACAGUUUUCCGCGGUCUAUUGUGCAAUCCUGCAAUACAAAGCAACUCAUGUCGGCUUUUCACCCCAGAUCCCCUCUCUGUUCACAUUAGUAAGGCAAGACCAGAAUCUCGAUCAGUCGACUUCUACGUCCGCCACACUUAUAUUCGGCCACGGUUGUAAACAAUCUGCUGCGUGGCCCUGUCAGACUAGGUUCAGCUACCAACAGCUUGUUACUGACUUUUAGUGGUCCUCGCUCUUACAUAUGGUACGAUUAUGUACUUGAAGGACAUUCUUAUGGUUUGGUAUUACGUGUAGAAACGUUUUUUCGCGGACAGUAGAGCCGUUGGACCGCCUUGAUCUAGUCAUGCCAUGUUCAUUAGCGAAUGCCGACAGUGUUUGCUCAAAUCAAGAAUCUAGAGAACACCUGGACUCGUAAUGUCGUGCUUACGACUGGAAACCAAUCUCUUCCUUUCCUCUACGUUGAGGCGAAUCACAAUCGGCUAACGGGUUAGACGCCCCACAUUGACGUGACCCCGCUCAGCAUUGACGGCUGUCAUCCACAUUUUUUCCCUUCUACUAGCUUCCUUGGACCUGUCAUUUUGGUCCUGCCACUUUUCAAACUGGUGAAUUUUCCAAAACGGAUGGCAACCUCAGAGCCCUUGAUUCAUCGUGAUGAUAACUUUUUCUCAUACCACCCUCCGAUACACGAAAAUACUAUUGAUUUCGUUCACUAAAUAAGUAGAUGAGGGACAGUGCUUAGUCAGUACUAAUCUUUUGACCGGCAUAUCUGGCCUACUAUUUUAUGCGCCAUUUAGCUAGGCCUACUGACUUUCCCUUAUUUUCUUUAUUGCCACUGCUCUGUUGUACGCUAGCGCUCUCGUCUGUCUGUGUUGGACUUUUUCCUCAACCAAAUUAUUCUUGAACUGAUGGUCAGUGUUUUACCAGGCGGGGUUCGUUUUGUUACCGCUCUAAAUAUCAGGCCCUCACGCUGGAGCUAACCAUGUUUGUCCCAUAUUUAUCUCUGUUGAGAAGUCAGCUGUCCUUUUUUCUCUAAGAUUCAUCACGAGUCAACAUAGGUCGUCUACAAUAACGGAGAUUUUGUCCGUUUUCCCUGGAAUCGUAUCCACCAUGAGUAUAUGACCACUGUCCAACCGUCAAUUUGGACGAUGUGCACUGUGUGCUCCACAGAAGGGUGAGAUCAGUGACGGCGACUUGGUGAUGGUAGACCCUGGAAUCAUCUACCGCACUCUCUCCUCCUCUUCCACCAUCUGGGCUCAAUGUCUUGACAGAGUCAAAAAAACCAAGACGGCAGAAAACGCAGUUGGCUGACACGGCGUGAACCCGCACCUAAUCACACCACCACAUCCCCUGGUUUGCAACUGGCACUGAUCAGGAUUUUAUACCACAAAAAACCUAGGUGGGCGACAGGGAUCCAAAGUGACGCGACAUCGCGACGUGAGUCGGCAACUAGACAUGUCGCUACACCCUAAUGUUGGCAUUUGUUACGGAUGCUCAUUACCGAUAUCUGGUCUAGCCCCCUUGUUAGUCCAGCGCAUCUACCGCGUGACCCGUCUUAGGGACACAACCAUGAGUAUAUAAUGCCCACACGAAUCCAAGGCCCAGUCGACCGUCAGCAACCUGAUUUUCCGGUUUCCUGAAUUCUACGACAACUUUCGCAUCAUUAGAAGAAGAAUAUUGGCUGUCCGGAACAGGUUUAUUUAACUGCUGACGUUUCAAAGAGCUGGGUCGGCUCUUCAUUGUCAAAGCGUAAACUGCACCUAAUCGAUCAGAAAGUUAACUUAAAGUGGCAAGCUGUGUUGGCCGGCCUCAUGCUGAUCGAUUUUUCUCUCCCCUCACGCUGCGUCGGCCUCUCAGGAAAUGGUUGACGGGCAUUUUUGCCUGUGCGCUUUAUGAGUCAAUUUUCUUCUUCUAAUAAUCUUCCCGCAUCUCUAAACUUUUCCAAUCUGAACUUUCGCAUCUUUUGUCCAGAGCACCUUUUGAAUGUGCUCCUUCCAAAGGCAGUCUCGAAGAGCUCAUAACAUCUUAAAAAACUCACAUAGAAGAACUGCAUUGGAAUAUGCGGUUACGAGACCGCUUGAAUCUAUUAUUUCAGGACGGGCUUCGGUUUACAGCGCCUGUCAGAGAUAUUUAAUUAGUCGAGCUUGUCUUGUUAUGGUGCGUUAUUUCUUGGAGCGCACUGACGGUUUUUGGCAUCAUAUGCCUAACACGUCGUCCCACUUCAGCAAACCGUGCCUUCUCCAGGUGGGCCGCUAAUGACUGCCAUCUUUGUCCAGACGAUGGAAUAACUUCAGAUUCACAUCAAGUCGGCCAGUCGGCCUUCUUCGAUAGUUCUAUUUGCGAAUUCUGCCCAAGUGGAGAGUGGUCAGUUCAUGCACACUGGCCAAUAGAGGGCCACCAAAAAGUUCUCCGUUUAGUUCUUUGUUAUUUUCCGGCCACACACAAACCCAAACUUGAGAUGGUGUAACCAAUUCCUACAAGCUCCUGCUCUAGGUUCUAAGGCAAGCAUUCAAAUGGCGCGGAACUGGUGUCCACCCACACGGUGUUAAUAAGAGCCGCGGCACAAUCGACGCAUUUAUGCAUUUCGUGGCUGUACGCUGCCUGUGACUGAAGACUUUUUUGAGUCAUGGACCAUUUUUGCACCUUCGUUUACACACCUUUUGGCCGCCUUUGGUGCUUGCAUGGGGUUAAUAAUUUUUUUGGGACUGAAACAACGCCUUUAUUGUAAUUACUUUUUACCGACUUCCUUUUUAGAAUGCAAUGCUUGAAAGUUAUCGAAUUUGGACUUUGGAAACUUGCCUGUUUCAUCUUUUUAAUUGAUCCCUCACUUUUGCAUGGUCAUGAGCUUCAAAGCUGACAGCACUUCUUGUUGCCCUUCGGAUGUUGUGGAUUAGGGUUGGGAGUCUGCAAACGAAAUUUUUUCCUUUGCCCAUCCAAAAUUCCGUCCGAUUAGGAGAAAAGGCGGCUCACCACACCUCUCCAGAUAUCCCCUAAUUAAAGAAGUCGAUGUCGAUAAUGAGAACUUUUUGGGAUUGUAACCCGGAGACCGGGACUCCUUAACAAUAAUCUAGACAAAGUUAAAUUGGGAGUGUGCGGUUUCCUCACGAGUCAGAAUCCGUUUAAUUUACUCCUUCUUCAAUCACUGUCAUUAAAACUCGGCCGACACUGUACAGCAAUGCUUAAUUCGAACAUCCGUUAUGCCCUUGUAAUUGACAGUCUACAACGUUAACCGUAACACAAACACAUGUGGAACAGGGCUACUCGUUUAUUCAUUUUUCGGCUGAACGCUGCCUGUGACUGAGCACUAUUCUGAGUCAUGGACCAAUUUUACAUCUUUUAGCCGCUUUUGGUGCUUGCAUGAGGUAAAUUAUUUUUCUGGAACUGAAACAGCGCCUUUCUGCGAUCACUGUUAACGACUUCUUUUUAGAAUGUAAUAAUUGAAAGUAAUCGAUUUUUGACUUCAAAAACUUGCCUAGUUGAUCCCCAUUUUCGGAAGGUCAUGAGCCACAAAACUAACCGCACUUCCUGUUGCCCGAAGUAAUUUGAAUAACGCCUUUUCGUGCAAUUUAUAUGCUGUUUAAAGUUUGGGAAGUCUAACCGAGAAGAACAACGGAAGCUAGAAUGAGAAUUUCUGGCUAAUUGAUGGUUUCCCCCUUGCCAUCUAUACCUCAACCCAGACUGAGGGGACCGCAUUGCGGUUAAUCAUUGACCUGAAUGCUCUGCGAAUUGAGUCGCGGACAUACGCUCUGCCAGUUGUGGCCUAGUUUGGCCACCAUUUUGGAUCUCCGACAACUACAACAGGAUAUUGUUGACAGAUGCGGGUUGACGGACAAAAGAGAGUGAUGGUUGCAAUGCACCCUACGUCGUUUUCAUUCCCCACAUCGGUCGUGUAAAGCACUUAACUUUUGCGCAUCGUCUGCCGUCCAUUACCGACUACCUCACAUCAUGUAGAAGAUAGCAGUUUUAACGUCCACUAGUCGUACGUACACAACACAGAAGGGUUUUCUAGCCGCGAUAUGUGGAAGACUACCUAAAAAAUCUAUCUUGCCAGUCACAGCUGCAAUUAAUUUUCUGGUUUGCGACUAACUAGUAUGUUCGUAUUAAAAUAUUGCGUUCUGUCAAGAUGUGAGAAUUUGACACUUGACUAAGCGCUUGCAAAAGUGAUCUAGUUGGUUCCAUCGCAAAUUUUGUUCCCCUAACAUCUAGGGCGUCUAAGUCCCAGCUUCGGUAAGUUUUCUGAUGAACCAUACUUGUGAGUGGAAUUCACCAAAAAGCUCCCAGCCUCUCAGCCAACAAAGUUCGCGGGCUGAAUUGAUUUUCUGUAACACCGGUCACAAGCUACUGGCAUUCGUUGACUUGAAGCGGAAUACCGUCCUUCCACUUCCCCAGAAUAACGCCGGUUUAGAUCCCUUGUGGGCGGUCGCAUGGCGGUGAUCGAUCAGUAGUCGACGACUGUUGCCGACCAAGACAAGGAAUGCCCGGACGACCAUUCCCGACACAUUUUGCCUUUUAAUCCAGCUGUUCCCUGCCGGCCAAUGACCGUCAGCUGACUGCAAAUUAGACGAAUAACCAUUUCGGUCGGCCGUGUAUUUGCCGUAAACUUCUAGACGUGCACAUUAUUCUCGAGGGAAUGCAGCAUACCCAUAGGACAAUUGGAGAGCUUGAAGGAACACCAUACACCCGACAGCCUGCGUACCGACUGUGUUCUUUGCUCUAAAACUGCUGCUGUUGCAGCCAGACCAUAACCAUCUACACUCUGACACUUACGAUGCAUUUGUUUUUUUCUGUACCACACCUUUAGGGGAGAUUUACGGGUUUUCGAGCGCGGUCCCCACGACCCGUUCCUGUCGCACAAAACGUGCGCGUCUCCUCGCAGCCCUCCCCAGUACCGCCAGAUACCCUCUGUUGGGUUUGCUACUGUUCUGAGGCAGAGGCCCCCCAGGACUGGAUUCGGCCGUGCCGAUGUUGUGGAUCCUGCAAAUGGGUGCACCAAUCCUGCCUUCAAAAGUGGAUAGAUGAGAAACAGCAGAACAGUCUCAACACUCCCGUCUUGUGCAGCUCAUGUGGCUAUCAGUACGCCAUUGUGUAUCCUCCUCCUGGUAAGCCGACCUAUCUAUGUGCCCUCGUCGUCCUCCUUAGCAUCUGAGACUUCCCGCCAGGGUAACUUGGUUUGCGCACAGUAUCACCACCACCACCACCACCACCACCACCACCACCACCACCACCACCAGCAGUACCACCGUCAAGUCCAUAGUAAUCACGCCCCUGAACCCCUUUAGGACCAUUGUGUUUAAUUCGUCAAACGGUAGCGCCACAAAAACCACCACCGUCAAGUCCAUGGUAAUCACGCCCCUGAACCCCUUUAGGACCAUUGUCUUUAAUUCGUCACACGGUAGCGCCACAAAAACAGUAGGUGUGCUAACUCAUGAAAUCAUUAUUGAAAUUUUGAAGUGCGCUUUCGACUCUCAAGAUAUUCCAGUUGCUUCGGGACGCCAGCGUUUAAACGAACUUCUUUCUGGCCGCCUGCAAAAAGUAAAUUCCGCAAUAAUGACUGUCUAAGUAGCAUAGGUUUUUUUCAUUGAUUUUUGACGCCUUCAUAGAAGACAUGGACAAAAAUAUUCAUUCUUCUACUCAUUUGGAAGAGAAUUACGUCUUCUUCCAUUUUUGUACCUGAAGAAAGAGUAUAAUUCGGUUUUAAAAAACUUCCAAUUCCUGAAUAAUUUUGAAUCCGACUAGCCGUUGCACUUGCAUUCAAGGUUUCAAAACUACAAGCUGUAUAUUUUCCGUGUACGAGAAGUCAUACAUCUCUAUACGCUAUUAAGAGCAGACCAUAUGUGGUUCACAAAAUUUAGCAGUGGAUUUGAGCCAUAUCGUAAGCUUUACGAGCAACAUCAGUAAAUGCAUAGACACGCUGUUUCACGAACGGGCAUUUCACAGUUUUAGAAAAUCUCAUAAUUAGAAACUUUUUUAAAACCGAAUUAUAGCUUCCUCCAAGUACAAAUUUUGAGAAAGACGUAAUUUUAUUCCAGAUGCGUAAAAUAAUGAAUAUGUUUGUCCAUGCUUUCUAUGACGUACUUGAAUUUAUAAGGGCAUCGAAAAUCAAUGAGAAAAAUUAUUGCUAAUUAAGUAGUCAUUUUUACAGAGUGGUUUUCGCAGGCGGUCCGAAAGAAAUUCGUUUAGAAGCUGGCGUCCCGAAGUAAUCGAAAUAUCUUGGGAUUAUACUGCAUGAUAAUUAAUAUCUCAACCCUACUUAAGUAAUCAUUUCGAGUCGAAAACACAUUUCAGAAUUUCGGUUAACAUUUCAUGAGUUAGCGCAUUUACUGUAGGUCAGAAAUAGUUGCUUUGGCAUCCAGUACACCUUGUUUGCUUAGCCAAUCUGCCAGACAGCCAACGGAAACGGUGAACUGCUGGUGGUGGUGGUGGUUCAUGCAUCAAAUUCGGGAUGCAGUCGUCUCAAAGGCGGUGACAACCAGCUGUAUUAAAUGAAAAAAAAAAACUUGGCUAGUUCCUAUGUUUACGCACUGUGCACGAGGGGAGUUUUUUUCGAAUGCAGGCGGGGGUGCGAGGCAGCGCUUCUGUGUCAAACGCCAGGCAGACUGGCAGUCUAACACCACUGUCGCCCAUAUCGUCUCCAGUCGGCUAGACUCAUCCUCGACAAUGUGGGAAGGGAGUAUGAGACAAUGCCUCUGUCAUCUCUCAUAACUGGUGAGUUUUGUGCAUUUAAAACCGUGGCCGUGAUGAUUGUCGCCUGGGGAGAUAACUCGGUCCUCCGAGCUGUGAUUCAAGUUAAUGUGGUUACAAGAACAGGAGACGGCUAGAAUGAGCCUGUAGUCAGUGACUGGUAGAGCCAGGCGGUUCGUCUGAUCCCUGUCACACACACACGAUCUGGCCUUCAGCUCAUCACUGUUCAGUGGCUGACGACGAAUUGCAAGUAUCGAAAUGGUCCGGAUGAGGUAGAGGAUGCAUUAGGAAGGGGUUAUUACAGCCCGACGCCUAGUCACACCGUCAGACGUCAAAUUUUUUUAUUAUGAGGAACGAUACCUCUUGAAGAAGGAGACACGAUCGCUGGGAUAAGAGCUUUAUUAGCCUGACGUUUCGGAUUCCAGCUCGAACCCAUCAUCAGAGACAAAAGCAGAUACGGGUGGUCCAUGCAUAAGGGGUUGUAGUAUUUAUAGGAUGCAGUCACCAUGCCACCGAAUAUCUAUGAAUACUCACGGCUCACCCACCCCCUUCAUCAGGGAUUAUUUCGCUUGACGUGAUGACUGUUUGAUGGCCGAUAUCGUGUCGUUAAUUGCUGCAAUUUCAUCAAGUGUUCGAUGCUGGUGUGAUGAUUACUCGACCAUCUGACUCACCGACCCUGGAGUUGGGAAAAGUGUUCACUUGUGCGCUCCCCGCGUGGCUAAUUACUCCGCCUAGGCGAAGUCUCAGCGCCGAGUACGGAAAGGGAAGGUCGUUGCAGUUGUUAAUGGAGUGGGGGCCAGUGAACCAUGACUCAAGCAGCUCGCGGCUCACGCGGUUGUCACCACUUGCGAGGAUUUUGGCCGGAUCUCGUCGAAUGAGCCGCAACUUAAGAGCUUUCGUCAUUUAUCCGCACCGCUGCAGCGUGUUCGGCCAUUCGCGUUCGGAGCUGCCUUCCGGUUUCUCCGACGUAGUUGCUUUGUCCGCAACUGCACCAAAUCCGAUAAACGACUCCAGACGUUUCUAGCCGUGGUAGUGGGUCUUUCUGUUUCAUUACUUGACGCCUGAUGGUUGCCUCCGGUCUGUGGACUCGUCUCUUCGCUUCUAUUGGCAACGAUACCUCUGUCUCAUCCUCACUGUCAUUUCUCUCCUUUUCACUGGCGACCGGUCGGGGCUGACUGGUGACGAGAUUGGGCACGGUAGCAUGAGCCACUGUCUAACGUGUGUCACGAGCGUACACGAAAAUUGUUAAGAUCUCAUGCGGUCAUGAAAUCGGCCUCUUGAUUUUUUCGCUUUUCGAUUGAAACAGGUAUCAAGCUUGGGCGGAAUGACACCUCCACCAAAGUUUCGUGGUACCACCUCGAGGAGGCCUUUGUCUCACUCUCAUGUGGGCUAAUUUGUAGACGCCUCAAAGUCAGUCUCUCCAAGCGUACAGUUCACGGCUGAAUCGUAGUCCUGUUCGGGUUAAAAAUGUCCAACUUCUGAUGUAAGGGAAACAUGGGACCAGUCUUGUUGAUAGGAUUGGUCUAAACCAACCGAAAGCUUACCCCGUCAUAGCUUCUGGAGAGUUGUAGUAAGUCUUCUUGAAUAUUACUAGUAGUCUUGCUUAAAUUCCUAUUCUGUCUCAAGUAAUCCUACUUAAGUCAGCUUUCGGAAAUCAUCUGGUGGAUUCUAAAUUAAUUACCCAGCAAAUCCUGAAUUUCAUACGUUGCAGUAAGUUGGGCGGGUGACCUGACCCGAAUGCGAUUAAAAUCACAGCUCCAGAUGGACCCUCUUAGUUCAGGUGGUAACUGUUUUGACCUGGCGUGGUACUUGAAAGCACGUGGGAGCGUAUGCGUACCCGACUCUUGUCCCCAAUACGAACGCGGCAGAGAAGGAGAAGGCGACCGGCCACGAAAAUGGGUAUUAGAAAAUUGCAAGUCAAAAUAAGCUGGAAGUAACGCAUAUUUAUAACGCCCUACUGUGGUUCGCCGGCAUUCGGUCCAAUGCCCUUCGAGAAGAACAUUCCAGACGAUCUGGUCGAUAAUUCGAAUAUGCAGAUCGAUCAGGCCCGAGGAGAAAAGCCAAUGGAGAGGCGCCACGAUUUAGAUGACAGUGCUGUAGAGGAAACGCACAUGGCCUCCCGUGAUUGGCUGGCUCUUGGUUUUGGGAGUGUAGGCACUUCCAACAGUGACGGCGCUGGCCCUUGCUAUCGUGGGCUCGAAUCCCACCGAAUCCGCCGAAUUUUUCGCAAUUAGGUCACUACUAAAUUGAUGCAUUACUCCUUAAGAGCAGGUUAUAGGUAAUUGUUGAAAGCACGCUAUUUUUUUCUGAAUUACUGAGGCGUGUGAAACUGCGGUUGUCAACCAGGUGAAUUGCCUGGCAAGGUGAACGUGUUGUUUGUUAGGUGAGCAGCAGUCGCUCAAGGUCAAACGCCUGACGUAGUCUGUUGUGCCACUAGGUAGGUCGCGUGAUCAAAAAAAACCUGUGCUGGUAGACAGAAGCGUACCGGCAAUUCCCCCAUUUCACGCCUCACCAUCGUCAUCAUUAUCAUCCCAAACCGCCACCCUGUUUUUUUUUUCCAUCAACAUCUCCGAGCAAAAUACAAUCUCAUGCGAAAUUGGGUGUGGUGUCGUUGGUGGGUUUCGUUACCAUUUUUCUGCCUCCACCGAUCCACUUACGAGUUUGGUUGUGCAUCACAAAAUCUCGGUGCACCAUUGCCGGUUUUCUGGUGUCAUUUGCUGUGGGGGGAGGGGGGGGGGUAUCAUCGCAUGAACGCGUAAGAUGGCAUUCCACGUCACCAUAGCAGGAACUGUACGUGGCGGUGUUUUUGUUAUCUGUGCCGAAACCCUGUGGGUUUCCAAGCUAUAUGCUAUCCGUUUUCUCCGACGAAAAGUGACAUUACUUUGCACACCCCAUGACGCUCAUGUGAUCGUUGCGUCAGAUACGCAUGACGCUGCAGACUUUAUGAAUACAUCUAAUAGACCCGACGGUAGCAUACAACAUGAAUAAUCAUCCCAAUGUCUCGGAAGUUAUCAUAAUUGUACAAUUUCUGAAAACCGAAGGACUCUUUUCCUUCACGCAUAUUCUUGGAAGGAGACGCACUUGUCUACAAAAUGGACCUGAGAGACGAUUUUCUGUGCAGUUCCGAGCUGAGCUUAGUGCCACACGCACGAUCACGGCGGUUUUUAAGACUUUAUACAGAUACUCCUCGUCUUUUACAAAAGUCCCGGUUAAACCUACUAUCCCAUGAUAGAGUAAACAGUUACGUCUUUCUGAGUUCAGCAAAUAUUCCCAUGUUCCCUGAGUUGUCGUUUGUCAGGUAGCUGAGAAGUCGCUAAGUCAGAGGCGGGUUGGCUUCCGUGGGGUUGUUUCCUGCAAUUCUACCUGACUUUUGGGCCAACGUUUCAAGGCGCCUGCAACAUUAGACGCCUCUCGGGGUUUCGCCUUCAACCAGGUUUACUCAGACGAUGGUUAUUCCCGCAACGCCUCCGUUAUCAUUGUCGGUUGGGCAUCCCUUCCUGAUUUGCCAUUUGUGUUUCAUUGAGUUGCAGCAGUAUCUGUGUAUGGCCUGGUAAAGGGGUCCCGUUGAGGUCGCAUAUGCGAGCACGCCUUGCGGAUCAAAAGGCAGGCAGUGUUGUGCGGCCAGAACUAGGGAGGGAGGGGGGAUUUUGGGGAACCCAGAGUGACUCAUGACUACUGGACGAAGUGCCUGGUCAGUUAUUGCACCCAACCUUGUCAGUCGGGCUGUUGCUGCGUCUUAGUAGAGGCGUAAGAAAGUGAGGCACGUCCUGUUUAGUUAACUGUCCCCGUUGUAAUAAAUUGGACGCUUUUCAAACCGUCAGAGUAUCUUACAGUAGAUUGGCUAACUCAUAAAAUGUCAACCGAAAUUCCGAAAUGCGUUUUCGUUUCGAAAAGACUAAUUAAGUAGGGUUACAAAACUGCUCAGUUUGCAACAUAAUUCUAUAAUAUUUCAGUUACCUCAGGAUGCCGGCUUUCGAAUGAAUUUCCUUCCAGCUGCAUGCAAAAACUACACUCUGUAAAAAAUGACUACUUCAAUAGUAUGCAUUUUUCCCAUUGAUUUCCGAUGCCCCUAAAAGUUUAAUUAUAUUUCAUGGAAAACAUGCAUAAAAUAUUCAUUCUUUUGCUCAUUCGGCAGAAAAUUACAUCUUUAAAUUUUCUACUCGGGGAGGGACAUAAGUCGGUUUUAAGAAGUUUCUAAUUGUUGGACUUUUAAAUACCGUGAAAUGGCCGUUCAUAAAUCGUCAUGUCUCUGCAUUUACCAAUGGGGCUUUUAAAAUUAACGAUACGGAUCAAAUCUACUGCUAAAUUUUAUGAGGCCUAUAUGGUCUCCUUUAAUACCGUAGAGAAAUGCAUGGUUUUCGUACACGGAAAAUAUACAGCUUGUAGUUUUGAAACCCUGAAUGCAAGUGUAACAGCAGGUCGGGUUCAAAAUUAUUCGGUUUUUUAAAACCGAAUUAUACUCUUCUUUUGAGUAUGAAGUUGGAAGAAGACGUGAUUUUCUACCGAGUAAGUAAAAGAAUGAAUAUUUUUAUGCAUGUUUUCCAUGAAAUAUAAUUGAAUUUUCAAGGCCAUGGAAAAUCAAUGAGAAAAUUGCAUGCGACUUAAGUAAUCAUUUUUUGCAGAGUGUAGAUCUUGCAUGCAGCCGAAAAUAAGUUCUAUCGAAAGCCGACACCCUGAGGUAACUAAAGCAUUAUAGAUUUAUGUUGCAUCAUGAUUCGUUUUACAACACUACUUAAUUUGUCUUUUCGAAACGAGAACGCAUUUCGAAGUUUUGGUUGACAUUUCAUGAGCUAGCACAUCUACUGUAUGUUAAAAUACUAUAGGUUUAUGGAACAAUAACCUAUCUCAUUUCAAAUUCUACUACUUGGGAUGCCUAUCUUCAAUGCUUACGAAAUAUGUAUAUGCGUAUUUGUCCUUUGUUGUUCGUUCCUCGAAGCCCUAACCAGCAAUCCCUUCAAACAUUUAAACUUACUAUAACGCGCUGUUUUCAGUGUUUCCACAAAUUACUCGCUGAAACAUGGCAAUAAUGUACCCUCCUCUGCUUCACUAUCUUAGUCUUUUGCUUUCCAUCGCAUGGAUGAUACCUCACAACUAACAUGUCUUUUUGCCGUACUCCCUCCCCCUCCCAAUAGACACCUUCCUCGUCCUCUUGGAUGCCUUCGAUCGCGUCACUGACCUCACCUGCUCCUAUUUAUUUGGCGGUCUUCUUGUGGGCUGUCUCUACUGGUCCGCAGUCACUUAUGGCGCGGUUACUGUGAUGCAGGUUUAUGGCCACGGCUCCGGCCUAGACGCUAUGGAGCGCACAGACCCAGUCAUCCUCCUCGUCGGCCUUCCAGCCAUUCCCGUUGUCCUCAUCCUCAGCAAGUUCAUUGGCUGGCAGGAUUUCCUGUUGCGACUGUGGCGGAAACACCUUCGCAAGAUAGCGCCCUUUCGAUACUUCAUUCCUGCAGGUGAGUCCGGCCGAUGGGUCGUGUUCGUGUAUUACCGAACGGCCCCCCGGUCGUGCAGGCCUAUUGGAAUAUCAGCAGUUCAUGGUGAGAUAGACUUAAGUAGCAUCUAUCACACGCUGCCCUCCCUCACCUAUCUUGCUCCGAUGGCAAGACAAGGUUCAGGCGAUUGGAGGUGAGCUCGGGCGUCAUGACUUAGGAAGUCAAAUAGCCCGUCUACACGUGCCACACACAAUCUCGCCCCUACUACGCGUGUCGGACGUGUGUGGCACGCGCAGACGGAGAAGCGGGGCGGAUGCUGCACAAGCCUAUACCACUCUAAAUGGAUUCACGCUAUGGACAUCGUCAAUUGCGACGGUCGAACUAUCGUGAUAUUUCAGCAGCUCUGAAUAUCUCCAUGGCAAAUAACUCGGUUUGGCGUUCAAAGCCUUGUUGACAUUACCCACAGGGAUCCCCAACAAAACAUUAUUUAUCACGAUAAGUUUUUCAAUAAAAAGAUAACUUCGUACUCUUCUUUCGGAAGGUAAUGAGAAACUGAGCAGGGGGGAGGCGGAAUAAUUAUAUGAACUAUGAUAACAAUGACGUUCAAGCGGAGAACGUGUUAUUCAAAGGUACCCUUAUCUCUGCCUUUAAACUACCAGACCUAAUAAGGAACUAAAUCGGAAACGAUAAACUGGCCUCGGGCACCUUUAAAAUGGUCGCUUUUGUAAUAUUAACGGCUCCCGCUGGCCCUAUAUACAUUUUAUUCUGGCCUUUUUUUACUACCACAGGUCGAAACGCGCUGGGUUAGGGUAAUUUACUCGCCCUCUCGCUUCAGGUUAGCAAAGUAGACCUAUUCGCUGCCUGAUGCCGACGUAUUUGUAAUCAAUCGUCCAACAGAUUCCACAGAGCAGAUUACAGCACAUGCUCUCCCCGUGUCGUCCUCGCUACCGAUCGCAUAGCGACCAGCAUUAAUGAAGAAGGAAACAUCGCCGAAGGCAAAGGAGACUAGGACGGCCGUCGUCAUCCAACCACGCCUUAUCCUGUGUUUUGACAACCGAGUAUUCGAACCCGAAUUCUUGGGUCAUUGGGCAUUUUUCAGGUCCAAGCUCCACGAUUAAGCAACGGGCUCGUUCUCUUGUUGGCUCGCGGUCGGGAAUAUUAACUUCGGUGGAAUGACGUCCGCCGUUUGGGUUAUGAGAAGUGUCCUCCGCAUCGUGCCUUAGGGUUCAAUCUGGUGUCCUCAUAGGCGACCGUGUGACGACGAUGCAGGCAAGGAAUACCAACAAAGACGAGGAAGAUCGGGAUGGCCACUUUCGGCUUAUUGGCGGUCGUCGGCCGGCCAUAUCCAACCCGUUAUCAUUCCUUCUGCUAUCAGUUGUCAUCGUCAGCCUACCAGGCCUGGGUAACCUGGGGUCCGAAUCCGGAUUCUUUGGCCAUCGAGCGCUCUUUUAUUUCAGCGCCCUUCCAUCUGCCAAAACAAGCGAAGAUGCGAGUUCCAGGAACUAGUUGAUCAGAAGGAGAAGCGAUCACUGGAACAAGGGCAUUAUUCGCCUGACGUUUCGGAUUCUCACUUCAACCCAUCAUCAGAGACAGUGGCAGAAACUGGUGAUUCGUGCACAGGAAGUUGCAGUAUUUAUGGGACGCAGUCGCCAUGCUACCGUAUGCCUGGCAUACCGGCCAUCUGGCUCACCGGCUUGCGCGCUUUUUAACUAAAUAGGCCAGAGGAGAAGAGAGGAGGAAGAGAUGGAUCUUAAAGGGCGGAAGUUGUACAAACUUGCAAAACGCUGCAAUAAACAUCUGGAGUCGUUUGCCUGAUCUGGUUCAGUUGCGAGAGAAGCAACUACGUCAGAGAAACUGGAAGACUGCUCCGGACGCAAAUUACCGAACACGCGGCAGCAGUGCGGCGAAAUGACGCCAACUCUCAGGUCGCGGACCAUUCGACGAGAUCCGGCCACACAUUCAAGUUCGAUUAGGCCGAAAUCCGCGCGAGAGGGGAUAAUCGCGUGAACCGCGAGUUACCUGAGUCAUGUUUCACGGGACCUCGCUCUAUCAACAAGUGCAACGACCUCCCCACUGCAUAUUCCGUGCUGAGGCGUAGGCUGGCCAAAGUAAUUGACCACUCGGGGAGUGCGCAAGCCGGUGAGCCAAAUAGCCGAGCAAUCAUCACGCCAGCAUCCAACACGAGUGAUGUGAUUUCAGGAAUUAGCGACUUGCAUGCCGGCCAUCAAGCCAUUUGCGCACCAGCGGUCAACAAUUCUUGAUCAAGGGAAGCGCGGUAUGCGGUAGCAUGGCGACUGCAUCCUAUAAAUACAACAACUGCCUGUGCACGAGUCACUCUUUUCUGUCAUUGUCUCUGAUGCUGGGUUCAAGUGGGAAUCCGAAACGUCCGACGAAUAACGCCCUUGUUCCGGCGAUCGCUUCCUCUUCUGCCCUAUCAUCUGCCAACUUGCUGCUUCGCCCCUUUGAGACAGGACCUAGGGUGCCACCACCACCCCUGGCUCACGCACGAAGGGCCGGGAUUUCACACAAAAAGAGGGGGUCGCGGCUCGAAUUCCAACUGAAUUGCAUUGCCAUAAAGGUCGCAUUAAGAAGCAGCCAUUGCAGUCUGACUCUCAGUCGACCACUGCACACAAACACACACUGGCCUGACUGCGUAGUCUGAUUUUCAUCCUGAGUCGGAAUCCUUCCACCUCACGGCUUUUUGCCCACCGUGGUAGUCUCAACCACGUCAAAUCUUUUAUAGUGAGAAAUGUGCGCUAAGCGUCUUCCCUUUUCCGUGCACCGUUCGAUUGUCCGAGCCGGUUAACCAACUGACGCUGAGAUUGGAAUCACUGCUUGUCCCAUCUACUUCCCUGAACAAUUAGACUGUGAUCUGUGGUUUGGCGGUGUCAAGUUCUCCUUUCGCAUGCUCUGACCCAAUUGAAUCCUCACUUCCUUCCCUCUCCCUGCCCUUCACUUUUCUCUCAGAUAUACCGUCGUGGCGGCUCGAGGAGGCCAACGACCCCCGAUCCAACUUCGAACUCGGAGCCAUCCCCCGAAUUCUAUGCAGUGCUCUGCUAUUACCAACCUUUUCUGUCUUCUGUGGUCGCGUCUUCUUCCCGCAGAUUGAGUCAGACCUCCUCCGAACUCUGUCUGUGCGUAGGACUGCGAUCUGAUCUUUGUUUACCUUUUCUCUCACCUUUAAAGCUUUAUAUGAAAACCGUAGCUGCUGCGUUCGCCUGUGCAAGCAUUUAGGCCAUAUUUGUUCGCCAUUGAUGGCUUAUCCGUUGUAAGUGACGAUAAUCACCACGGCGCGGUGAGGGGGAAGGGAGUGACGUAGAUGCUGCGCAAGUCGGUGCUGCUGCACCCACUCGGUGGAACACGCUAUGGAAGUCGUCUCUUGCGACGACGGGGCUGUCGUCUCGUUUAACCGACAUCACAAUCCACAUUUGGGGGGAGGGGGGGGGCUGCAGCAGCACUGCUUUGAAGUCUUGCUGGGUACCUGUCUGGAAAUUCAGUUAGUUUUAAAAAUGAGUUUGACCGUCCUAAUCAACGACGCCCGGUGUCGUCCCGCCAGGUGGGCCCAGCACCGACGACUUGUGUGUGAAUUUGUUUGCGGUUGGGCAGACUUGUGCAGAAUCUGUCGCAGUUUGUCCUCUCUCAACCAGCUUCUUGUGGUUGUGCCAUAGUGCUGAAUUCCUGUAUCGACCGCAUUCUUUCCCCGCUUUGAUGCACCAGUCAGCGCAAUGUCUGGCGAAACUGAGCGACCCGUUAGCGCACGCUGAACGCGACCUGGUCCCCGCCCCUGGUCUGUAAGGCGACUCGGACUUUGCGUAGCUGAAAAUGUCAUUGGGGAGACAUUGCAGACUUCAUUUCAAUCCCGAGAAAGGCUGAGUUUUCCCGUCAAUUGAUAGACUUUCAGACCAUACCCGUAGUAGUAUUGCUAUAUGACGGAUGUUGAGAGCACCCAGUAGGGCUUCAUCCACCACCGUCUGACACAAUCUUGGAACUCUGAACUCCUGUGCCAGGUGUGCUACAAGGGACCUCUUUUCCGUCAAACCGACACCCGACAUUUCGACCGUCGUUGCCGACGAUGUCCACCUUGCGCUCAACAACAAGGUGAAGGAAGGACUGUGGCUUGUGCAGGAUUUAGUUUAUAGUGAAUGUGGACUUGCACAGCGUCUACGGCACUCUUUCCUCCCGGAUCCGGUGUCAAGAAGACCGGAGGCGGGGGAGGGUGCAGGUGAAUGGCACGGUCGAGCCCGCACCCUGGCUCUCCACUCCAUACCCCCUGGUCCUCACAGCAAAGGAACAGAUUUUUGACCAACAACAACAAUGGGCAGGUGAGCCAGCGUGCGCGACGUCUGCCGGCAACCGGGUGUGCCACCGCACCCCGAUAUGUUGGCAUUUGUUAUGGUGCGCAACCCGAUAAAGCCUGCCAGAAUCCGAUAGGUCCCCCAUGGUAGUCAAGCGCAUCUCCCACAUGCCCCGUUUGGGGGCACCCCCGACACCCACUGCCCUGAUAUAAUGCCCGAUUUCUCGAGCCUUAAUCAGCGUAUCUAGAAAGUAAGUUAACAUUCGGUAUGUAUAAAUGUGACUAUCUAUCCUGAAAAUCUUACUGUGUGUGUGUGUUGCACUACCGAAAGCGAUUGUUCACCAAUGUUGAAGAAGGAGACACGAUCGCUGGGACAAGAUCUUUAUUAGCCUGACGUUUCGGAUUCCUGCUCGAACCGACCCUCAGAGGCAAGCAGAUACGGGUGGUUCAUGCACAAGGGGCUGUAGUAUUUAUAGGAUGCAGUCGCCAUGCUACCGCAUACCUAUGAAUGCUCACGGCUCGUCCCUUCAUCAGGAAUCGUUGCACGUGGCGUGAUGGCCGACAUUCGCGUCGUUAAUAGUUGCAAUCUCAUCACGUGCGUUGGAUGUUGGUGUGAUGAUUGCCCGACCCACCGACCCUGGCGCUGGGACCAGUUCUCACCUGUGCGCUCCCCGCGUGGCUAAUUACUCCGCCUCAGCAACUAUGUCGGAGAAACCGGAAGACAGCUCCGAACGCGAAUGGCCGAACACGCUGCAACGGUGCAGAGAAAUGAUGCCAGCUCUCCACGAGAGAGAAAUCCUGCCACACAUUCAAGUUCGAGGAGUCCGAAAUUCUCGCAAGAGGUGACUACCGCGUGAACCGGGAGCUGCUCGAUUCAUGGUUUGCUGACCCCCAGUCAAUUAACAUGUGCAGUGACCUUCCCCUUCCAUAUUCCGUGCUGAGACUUCGCCUAGGCGGAGUAACUAGAGGCGAACACUGUUCCCAGCGUCAGGGUCGGUGGAUCAGAUGGUUGAGCAAUCAUCACACCAACAUCCAACGCACGUGAUGAGAUUGCAGCAAUAAACGGCGUGAAUAUCGGACAUCAAACAGUCGCCACACGACGUGCAACGAUCCCUGAUGAGGGGGUAGCCGUGAACAUUCCUAGGUAUGCGGUAGCAUGGCGACUGCAUCCUAUGAAUACUGCAGCCAUUUGUGCAUGAACCACUCGUAUCUGCUUUUGUCUCUGAAGAUGGGUUCGAGCAGGAAUCCGAAACGUCAGGCUAAUAAAGAUCUUGUCCCAGCGAUCGUGUCUCCUUCUUCAAGACUGUUUCCUGGGACUCGUCUCUUCGCUUCUAUUGUUCAGCAGUGUGUUCUCUGUCAUUGCGUUUUUCACCACCAUUUUGCACUUUAGGGAGGCGUGCUUUACAUGGGCGUGACAGGACUGCUGGGUCUUUACCAUCGCGAAGUGAAGUUCCUACGCUCCUGCCGCAGGAAGAUACUGAACUACGCGCCAGAAUAA